GACGGCCUUUUAUAGCCCGCAUGCACUCUCCCUCCGUAGCUUAGCAACCUCACCGGAACCGCACGCCUGACAUUCCUACGGCUUACAUCCAUCGCUUGCAGCCUUGCACAGCCCACCCCACUCCCCUCACGCAGCCCUCGCUCCAUUGCCGCCUCGAGGGGCCUAGGCUGCCGCCAUGGCGAGUGACCAGACCAACAAUGGUCCUUCAAGACCACGCGCGCCGACCAUCACCAUCGACACGUCUGCCACAAACGACCCCAACAUGAGCCAACCUGUGCCUCUGGAAGUCAUCUCCGACACCAACUACAGGCCCUCAGCAGACAACAUCUCGCCAACACAGCCCGCCCCGUCGUCGUCGCAGGAGCUGCGCAGUGCCAAUUCCUUUGAAAGCAGAGAAAGCAGACCCACGAGCCCACAUAACAUCAGCUCGCCCGUAACCGCGUGGAACAGCAAUGCUGGCCUGCUCAAUGUCCCUGGCGCGCGCUCCAGAGGCAACUCGAUGGACUCGACGACUGAAAACGGCGAAUCCAACAGUACAGGCACCUAUGUCGCCUCAUCACAGGGCGAGACAUUAAAGGCCGCCGAUCUGGGCCCCACCGAAAUACUAAACGACAAAGAUGCUCUGAAACCCGAUCCAGGCACCGAAGCAGACUUUGAGGUUGACAACAACAAGUUUGCAUUUUCGCCAGGUCAACUGGCCAAGCUUUAUAACCCCAAGAGCUUGUCAGCUUUCCAUGCUCUUGGAGGCUUGGACGGCCUAGAAAAGGGUCUUCGGACCGAUCGAAGGGCCGGAUUGAGCAUCGACGAGCAGCACCUGGACGGUGUCGUCACCUUUGAAGAAGCCACCACGCCGAGUACCACACAGUCUCCGCAAAAGGCAUCGUCGCCAAACCAUGCUGCGCCUACCGACGGUGCUCACGUCGACCACAAGGAAACUUCUUUCGCUGACCGGAAGCGCGUCUUUAGCGACAACAGACUUCCUGUCAGAAAACCGAAAAACAUCUUUCAGCUCGCAUGGAUGGCCUACAAUGACAAGGUUCUUAUCUUGUUGACGUGCGCUGCCGUCAUCUCGCUCGCUCUCGGUCUGUACCAAACUUUUGGCGUCAAGCACGAACCCGGCCAACCCGCCGUCGAGUGGAUCGAAGGUGUAGCCAUCAUUGUCGCCAUUGUCAUUGUCGUAGUAGUCGGCGCCGCCAACGACUGGCAAAAGGAACGACAGUUUGUCAAGCUCAACCGCAAAAAGGAGGACCGAACCAUCAAGGUGAUCCGCUCGGGAACCACUCGCGAAGUCUCCGUCUACGACAUCUUUGUCGGAGAUGUAGUCAACCUGGAACCUGGUGACAUGAUUCCCGUCGAUGGCAUUCUCAUCCAAGGCCACGGAAUCAAGUGUGACGAGUCUUCCGCGACUGGAGAAUCCGACUUGCUCAAGAAGAUCUCUGGAGACGAGGCAUUCAAGGCCAUUGAACGACACGACAAUCUCAAAAAGGUGGAUCCAUUCAUCCUUUCCGGCGCCAAGGUCUCGGAGGGCGUAGGCACCUUUUUGGUCACAGCUACCGGUGUUCACUCUAGUUACGGGAAAACCAUGAUGUCUCUGCGCGAAGACAGCGAAGUCACACCGCUCCAGAACAAGCUCAACGUGCUUGCGACCUACAUUGCCAAACUCGGUGGAGCCGCUGCUUUGUUGCUCUUCGUUGUCCUUUUCAUUGAGUUCCUCGUCAAGCUCAAGGGCAGCAGCGAAACACCUGCUCAGAAGGGCCAAAACUUCCUCAACAUCCUCAUCGUCGCCAUCACCGUCAUUGUCGUCGCUGUCCCUGAGGGCCUUCCGCUAGCCGUCACACUCGCAUUGGCUUUUGCUACCACGCGUAUGCUCAAAGACAACAACCUGGUCCGUCUGCUUCGAUCCUGCGAAACCAUGGGAAACGCCACCACGAUUUGCUCCGACAAGACUGGCACGCUUACCCAGAACAAAAUGACGGUCGUUGCCGGCACUCUAGGAACUGCUCUUCGUUUUGGUGACUCCAAGCUCCAAGCUUCUUCGGCACCACCACUCGACGACGGUGCCAAGGGCAAGGACGUAUCACAGUCGCCGGUUGGGAACCCCAACGAUGUUUCAGCAAGCGAGUUCGUUCAAACGCUGAGCCGCGACGUCAAGGAUCUUCUCUUGCAAUCCAUUGUCCAAAACACGACCGCUUUCGAGAGCGAGAAUGGAGGUGCUGAUCCCUUCAUCGGCUCCAAAACAGAGACGGCUCUGCUUGGAUUUGCACGCGAUUACUUGGGCUUGGGCAGCGUUGCUCAAGAGCGCGCCAAUGCCACCAUUGUUCAAGUGGUUCCCUUCGACUCGUCAAUCAAAUGCUCUGCCGCUGUUGCCAAGCUCGAUGACGGCCGUUACCGCAUGUAUAUCAAGGGUGCCUCGGAAAUCUUGCUCGCCAUGUGUGACAAGAUCGUCAUGGAUGCCAACAAGGAGCUCCUUGAGGCUCCCAUGUCCAGGGACAACCGCGAGUCACUCGAGCAGAUCAUCACCACGUAUGCAUCUCGCUCUCUGCGAACCAUUGGUCUCAUUUACCGCGACUUCGAGAGCUGGCCGCCUGCCGAGUCCUCCAGAAACGAGGACGAUCCCAGCCAAGCAGUCUUCAAGGACAUCUCCAAGAAAAUGACCUUUUUGGCUAUUGUCGGUAUCCAAGAUCCUCUGCGAGAGAACGUACGCGAGGCUGUCAAGGAUUGCCAGCACGCUGGUGUUUAUGUCCGCAUGGUUACUGGUGACAACGUCUUGACUGCCAAAGCCAUCGCCGAAGACUGUGGAAUUCUAGUCCCUGGCGGUGUUGUCAUGGAAGGCCCCACUUUCCGCAAACUGUCGAAACGGGACAUGGACGCCGUCAUUCCCAAGCUUUGUGUCCUUGCUCGCUCCAGCCCUGACGACAAGCGUAAACUUGUCAAGCGCCUUAAAGAGCUUGGUGAGACAGUAGCUGUCACUGGUGACGGAACCAACGACGCGCCCGCGCUCAAGACUGCCGAUGUCGGUUUUUCCAUGGGAAUUGCAGGUACCGAAGUUGCAAAAGAGGCGUCUGCCAUCAUCCUCAUGGAUGACAACUUUGCCUCCAUUGUGAAGGCGCUCCUUUGGGGUCGUGCCGUCAACGACGCUGUGAAGAAGUUCCUCCAGUUCCAGAUCACGGUCAACAUCACCGCUGUGCUCCUCACCUUUGUCUCGGCCGUCUCCAGCUCCAAGCAGGAAUCUGUCUUGACCGCUGUCCAACUUCUCUGGGUCAACCUCAUCAUGGAUACCUUUGCCGCUCUGGCCCUUGCUACCGACCCUCCUACGCGCAGUCUCCUAGACCGCAAGCCCGACCCUAAAUCUGCAUCCUUGAUUACGUUGCGCAUGUGGAAGAUGAUCAUUGGUCAGGCAAUCUACCAGCUGGUGGUUACCUUCAUCCUCUAUUUUGCUGGCGAGUCCAUCCUCAGUUACCAGAGUGCUCGCGAGAAGGAGCAAUUGCCAGCUUUGGUCUUCAACACCUUUGUCUGGAUGCAAAUCUUCAACGCUCUCAACAACCGCCGCCUCGACAACCGCUUCAAUGUCUUUGAAGGCAUCACCCACAACUGGUUCUUCAUCAUCAUCCUGCUCAUCAUGAUUGGUGGCCAGACAAUGAUCAUCUUUGUCGGUGGCGAGGCCUUCAAGGUUACAAGAUUGAACGGCGCUCAGUGGGGCUACUCGAUAGUGCUGGGUUUCCUGUCUCUGCCCGUCGGUGUCAUCGUCCGCUUGAUACCCGAUGAGCUUAUCAGGAAGUGUAUCCCCGACGCUUUCAGGCGCAAACAAACUCCCGAGCUUGUUAUUUCCGAUGACGACUACUAUUGGAACCAAGGGCUGCUGGAGAUUCGUGAUGAACUUGCCUUCCUCAGGAAAGUUCGUGGCGGCCGUCUCAGUGCCAUGAAGUUCAAGGUGCAGCAUCCUAGGGAAAUCUUCACUCGAUCCCGGUCGAGCCAUUCUCUGCCUGGUACCCCCAACAACGGUGCCCAAACAGAGGACGGCUCUCCCGCACCACCUACACCUAACAGCCGUCGUCGUACCCGAUCUCGGUCCAACUCUGCUUUCGGCCCAGCAACUGUCAUGGCUGGCAUUGUCGCAGGCAGUGUUGCGGGUUGGUCACCGAUUGACCGCGGCAAUGGCGAUAACGAUUCGAUCAGAUUCGGCCGCAAUGCCACCAAGCAAGAUCUCGAAGCCCAUGAUGGCAUUGAGGUCCAUCCCGACACCAAGUCGACUGAUCCCAUCCUCGCUCCCGACGCGAGUCAAUAUCGUGGUCCUCCCAGCCAGAAUAUGGAGACCACACCCGACUUUAAUGUAGGGCCUUUCUCAGGGAAUUCCAGUGACAAAUCCAAGUCAACUGGCCCUGGUACCUAAAGUCUAAUUCUUUCCUACGCGCUACAUCAUACAUACAUUCCUCGCCCGAAAUUUCUCCGCGUUUUGGAGCAUCGGGAGUAAUAAAGGUCUCCUUUCCAGCAAAUGCAUAUUUCAAGCAUUCAGCGGCGUCAUAGGCGUUUUUGUCUCAGGGGGUUCGACCACAUUGAAAAUACCCAUGUCCUACUGUUCCUGGCGCUUGAUGGCUAUCGUGCCCCUCAUUGUAUUACCCAAUGCUCAUUCUCCUUUUCUAGUCCAUAGACUCCUCCAUACGAUACUUGCUUCUUUUUUUUUGACCUCUGCUCAGAGUCUAGCCGCC